GAAUGAAGUGACUCUCGAGUUUCUUUUCUACCCGAGAUUUAAGAGGACGCGAGAAAAUGGCCGACUCAUUGGCAAAGUAUGGCAUUUACAUCGAUGAUUUGAGCAAAAUACGCGUUUUAGAACCGGAAGCGGCUAAUCAAACAAACAAACUGAAAGAGGAAUGUCAAAAUUUUGUGUCGAAGAUUACUGAAUUUGAGAAAAAUUCCGAUGAAUUUAUUAAAAUAUUGGAUAAUAUGGCAACGGAAGUAGAAAAAGAAAAGAUGAAGACAAUCGGUGCACGAAAUUUAUUACGUUCCGUUUCGAAACAGAGAGAGGCGCAAAAACAACAAAUGCAGGCGUUGAUUUUGGAAAAAUCUAUGGAGCUGGAAAGACUGAGAGUGCAAUAUGACUCGCUAAAAAAGAUUGAACUGGAACAACUAGAAACCAUCGAACAUUUAUCAGUGAAUUAAACUAUAUACAGCAUGUUCUAAUUUUUCAUCGAAGCAAAGAAACAUUGCAGGCUCUUGUUCCAAAAAUUAGAUUAAAUUAACAGUAUUAUUACGUGUUAAUAGAUAAUAGUAGGAAAUUAAAUAGCAUUGAAAUUAAAUUGGUCAAUUAGGAUAAAAUGUACUAAAUUUGAGAUUUGUUCUUCCCUUGAGAUUGAUUUUCUAAUAUAAAGUUGAAUCUUAAAAUUCGUCGUCUGAUAAGGGAGUUUGAGGUUAGUAUUAAGG